GCAUAUUCGAUUUGUAAACUUGUUCUUGAUGUAACCCAAAGCUAAAAGACUCUUUCAACACUUGUCGUACAAUCAUAAAAUCAAUACAAAUUCAGGGUAGUUUGAAAUUAGUUUAAUUGUUAGAGAUAGGGAAUGCCAUUUUACUAUUACACAUUGUUCAAAAUCGAACAACAAAUGAGUUUAGCUCAACGGAAAUUAAGUUUAUUAAUAAUAAUAGUGUUCUAGAUUUGAAUUAUCCAACUUACCACUUAUAUUCCUAUACACAAACGACAGUAGGAUAAUCAUUUUUUCAAAUUUAAGGGGUGUCCCUCACUAUCAAUUAUAUUUUUUUUUGUCCAUACGUAAAUUACCACCGGGGUUGGAUAAUCGUUUUCCCAAAAUUUAGGGGUGUCCGGGGACACCCCUAAACCCCCUGGGUCCGCCCCUGGACGUGUUCAUCUCUUUGACGUUAUAUAUGCUUCGGAGUUUGAUCAAAUAAGAGCCCUAAAAUACAUUCUUGGAUUUUUAUUCAAUUUUCCGUUCCGCGGUUAUGAUGCUUCCAUGAUAUUGAAAUUAAGUCGUAUGAAGUUAUCUCUUUGAUGUUAUGCUUUGGAGUAUAAUUGGAUAUAAGAGCGUUAAAAUACAUUUUUUUGGGUAUUUUCCCACCCCCAAAAUAUGUGUUCUGAAGAUAAGUGCUUCUUGAUCCCAAUAAUGUCGGAACAUUUUUUUUAUAAGACGAUGAAUCUGACUCCAUUAUUUUUGUCGAAACUGGAAUUUAUAAUUAUUUUACCCUCCCUUUUUCAUUUAAACAGCACUUCCUGGAUUGAACUUGGCCACAUGCACUGACAGCACCCCCAAUGGGGCUUCGUUGCUUCAGCCCACGAAGAAGUGAUCUGAAGGAACUGAGUGAAAUUAAAUACCCAUCACUACUCAUCAGUAGUAACCCCACUUCUUCCUUCAACUUGCACAAUAUUACUUCUUUCCCUUUUCCAGGCUCCUUGGUCAGAAUUAGCAGCAGCAAACUUACUAUUGGCGAAGUCAGCUUCCAGCUGCUAGCUAGCUCACUAGUCUCCACUCUCUACCAUUAUGCUGCCACAGUACUGUUCCAGUUUCCACCGGCAUUCAUAUUUACUUGUUGUAUAGGCAUGCGCGGCUGCUCACACCAGGGACUCAUCAAAAAGGUCACUUGGAGAUGUACAAACCAGUAAAGAAGUUAGGUUGAAGUUAGAAGGGACUGGAGGGUGCCCUUAAAUGUGAAAAUAUCGGUAUAAUUGUUUGUGAAUUUGUAACUAAGUUUAGGAAAUAGAAUAAUCGGCUUUAGUCCUCUCCUAAUUAUCACGGUUCAAAUCAGUUCACCCUUCAUUCAGAUUCCUGGCUUCGUCACUGCUUACAACCAUGGGUAACGUCUUGCACGGUUUCAAAACUUAUAAAUUCAUGAUGUGAUCAGCUUUGUUGUUGCGCUUAGGGUUGGAGCCCGGUUCGAUUUCGACUAGCAGAAACCCAAAUUGGCUAGUUACCCGAAUCCAAAUUGAUGUUGUUUCAGCAAUUGUAACCAAUACCGUUGCAGUUUGUCAAGAAUUGAAAUGUUACGAUUUUUCGGUUAUGAUGUGGUUAUCCGUACUGGGGAGUCGGUCGGGUGGGUAAGAAGCUUGAAGAGGAGUCGGGUGGGUUGUGGGUUGGUUGGGCUAGGAAGUAGGAGUCGUUGGCUUGGACCAUAAUGUUGUUGGAAUGGCAUGGUGGGCUAGGGCCCAUAUCCAGGUGGGUUUGCGGUUAUAUUCGGUUAUUUUCUGAUUCAAUCUGGUUUGUGAUUACUCCGAAAAUCGAAAUAUUAGUUUCAAUUUGCAACUCUCGUUUAUCCGCUCACAGAUCAAUUUGGUUCCGAUUUGGGUUAAACUACUGAACCGAACCCGAAAUUCCCUCCCUAUCAACAUUCCACCAGUCGAUCUAGCAUGGCUAUCAUAAUGUUUGUUAUUUUGUCAUCCACCUAAUUUCCACUAUAUAUUGACUCGUGUAUGAGGUAUUAGAGAUACAUUAGUGGUUCCCUACUUAAUUAAUGACACAGGGCUUCUGCUCACACUUUCGAACAAUAAAGAAAAAAAAAAGACUGUUUGGUGUAGUUUUGAAGUUCUAUUUAACUAUCUAGCACGUUGCUUCGAGACUGUAUAAACAGUUUCCAUGAACAGUGAAUUUUCCGGUGCCUACCGUCGACGGAAUAUUUUGACUUCUGAUCGGUUACCAUUUUUUUGCAUUAAAUUCUGGAUAGCGGCAUCUGUGCCUUAAUCGAAGUACCAAUUCUGAUUCAACCGUGCUGACUUUUUCUUGUAUUAUAUCAGGACAUCCACCGAUGAUAAACGAUGACAACAAAAUCAACUCUUUGGGCUUGGGGCUGUGGGUGAUUGGGCUUGGCGCAUGGCCCAAUUAAUAGAGUAAAGCCCAUAGAGAUCAGGAUCCAUCUUGUAAAAAAACCGGGUGCUGCUUUACCUUGGGGUUCGGACCAUGCAUGCAACCAUUGUUAUCCUCUGCAACUCUCCCAAAAAAACUUAAAUGCCAACACUUGAAGUUCCAUUUUCAGAAUUCAUUGCUCUUAUGAUUUGAUCAGCCAAAGAAUUUUUUUUGCACUACGAGCUAGAGAGAAGAAAAUGAGAAGGUCAACCACCCAGGUAGAGUGCUUGCUCUUGCAGCAGCAAUCCCGGCCGCCAAACGGCGGCGAUUACUACUCCUUGGCUGAAGAAGUGUGCUAUGGAGCAGGGAAAGAAGCCAUUAGAGCUGAAUUGGGCGCUUAUGGGGAGAAGCUCCUGGGUUCAAGCUCAGCCUAUGUUCAAACCAACAUCAUCGGUAGAUACCUGUCCAACCCACGGUACUAUUUCCAAGUGAACGAUGAAUAUGUGAAGAACAAGCUGAAACUCAUCCUCUUCCCCUUCCUUUACAAGGGGAAUUGGUUUAGGGCAUGUGACAAGAAUGUUGGUAAUGGGGAGUUUUGUUACGAGCCUCCCAUUUACGAUAUCAAUGCUCCUGAUUUGUACAUACCAUUCAUGGCAUUUGGGACUUACUUGGUCCUUUCCGGCUUCACAUUGGGCAUCAAUGGCAAGUUCAGUCCUGAAGCCAUGGGUUCACAAUUCUGGAACGGCAUUUCCUGCUGGUUAUCGGAAAUCCUCCUCCUCGAAGCCACGAUACACGUUUUAGGAGACGGAGACCUGCCGUUGCUAGAUGUCAUCGCCUACGGUGGCUACGCAUUCGUGACGGUUUCGAUAGCUAUGGCGACGAGGAUCGUCUGGGGCUCCAGCUUUUUCGCGGUGGCUCUUUGGGAGUGCUUUUGUACAGGCGUGUUGCUGGUGAAGAUCAUGAAGAGGGUUCUGAUAGCAGAGAUGAGAAGUUGCGACAAACACUCAAGCAGGCGUCACUAUAUCCUGCUUCUCGUCGCUACUGCUCAAUUCCCGUUGCUAUUUUGGCUUUCAAGUGCCCGUGUCUGAGUUUUAUAUCCUUCCCCCCUCUUUUGGCUUUUCAUGUUCAUUACACAUAUGUACGAGUUAAGUUGGAAUUGGAACUAGUUCAUUGUCAACCUUCGUCCUAUCUAAUUUAUUUAGGUAGUAAAAUAUUGAUCAUGAUUAGGUUUGAUUUUGAUGAUCAAAGGUUAAAGAUAUUUUUGGUUUUGAUUUAGUUUGGUUACCUAAACUUAAAAAAAAAUUAUCGGGAUUGAAAUCAAUUAAUCAAUCAAAUUGAAUUUUAAUGUGUUUCAAACUUGAUUGUUAUUCUUCAUGAAUGCAAAUUGAAUACACCGAUGUGCGAAAUUUGAAUCCACAAUAUAUAAUCGAUGGAAUGAGUAUCCAUAUUUUUGUAGAUAAAAUGUAAGAUAGGUCCAAAACCAUCAAAAACUAAAUUUUAGAUACGAUCAGACCCACGAUUCAAAACACAACCCGUAUGCAAUUAGCCCAUAUAAAUUGGAUCAUACUACAUAUACCCAACAACUUGAGCUUUUCUUAUAUAAUAAUUGUGACAUCCCUAUCUUUUGAUUCAUGCAUGCCAUCCUUGCACAAAACCCACAAACAUAACUAAUUCAUAGGGGAACAAAAUUAGUGUUUUCUCUAACACAUUGUGCAUGAAAAUGUUCUCCAAAAAUGUUCUCCAAGGGUAAAAUUUGGGUCACACCAUUAUCGUUAUCUUUCUUAUUUCAAUUCUUGUUUUUAGUUUUGGAUUUAAAGGGAUCACAGAAAAAACAACAUAGUUAUAUGUUUGCCUAUAAAUAGGCCUCAUAGUUUGGAUUAUGUCUUCAGCUUCCAAACCCAAAAAGAUGAACGACAUCGAAAAUAAACGGGUCUUUCAUUGAAUUCCAUUCUAUCUUUCAAUUUACUUUUAUGUAAUAACCAACUAUUAAACUAGAGUUAGUGACAGGCUCCUAAAUUUUAGUGAGGGGUGUCAUUUUAUAAUUUUUAAAUUCAAAUAAUAAAUGAAAAUAUAAUUUUGAAAAUAAUUAUUGAUUUCUAAAAAGAGAAAAUAUAAGAUUAAGAAGAUAAACUGGAGAGAAGCCUGUUUGUAGCUCCGUUUCUUCUCGCGAAUACCACAUGAGGAAAAGUAUAACAUAAACUAGAUUUUGUUUUUAUUUUGUAAGAUAAAACGUUUGAUGAAAUUGGGUUUUAUUGGGGUUUUUUUAUGUAUAAAUCUAUUUAGUGUUCUAAACUAAAAAAAGGCUCUUGGUGAAAUGAAUAAUUUUACUUUAAAUAGUUAGAAGACCCUCAUUUAUAAACAAAAGUACUAUUUUCUUUAUGCAAACAAAAACCUACCAUUUGGGGAUCUGUAAGUUCUUUUCCAAGCUUUAAUAGUUACCAAUUAGUUGCCUUCGACCGCUGAUUCAACUUGCUACAAAUGUCACAGCUAGGCCUGGAUCAUGUUGAUUUUUUCAUAUUCGAGGAUCACAUCUUUUGGAAAUUCACCUUUGACAUGAUGAUUCUGGAAAUGAUAGCUUCCGCAUUGUAGCUCAUUUGAAUUAUUCAACGGGAAGCCCAUCAUUGGUGAAUGCUAAGAAAUAAAAUCACAGUUCACCAUGAUGUGUUGCUUUUUUAAUGCAAACUAGACAUUUGCUGCUAUAAAGACCCACGCUAAUUCACAAAGCUUUGAAGGUGGUCAAUUGCUGCAGGGUUUGAAGACCAAUUUCAUUAAGCACGGACAAUAUGGUCCUUAUUCAGGAUCUUGAAAGUUCAUGAAAGAGUUUUAUCCAAAAUAGAUUAUGGUGUUGAGAAACACCUCAUAGCUUUUUUAGAUACAUACAAUAUUUCUGUACCUCACAAGAGCUCGUACCAUAUUAGAGAAAAUCUCAACACAACAGAAAUUCACCAAGACAUCAAUGUGAAUAUAUGACGUGAUUUUUG